AUGCUUUUCACCGCCGUCGUAUACGGCCUGUCACUCGUUCAUUCUAUCAACGCUCUUACAUUUGGCUUCCCCUAUGGAUCGCAGAAGGUGCGAGGAGUAAAUCUGGGUGGUUGGCUCGUUCUCGAGCCUUGGAUUACCCCUUCUCUCUUCGACAGCACUGGAGAUUCCCGGAUUGUCGACGAAUAUACUUUUGGUCAAUACCAAGACCGCGCGAAGGCUCUUGCUACCUUGAAAAAGCAUUGGGACUCCUGGAUCACGGAGGCCGACUUUAAGGCUAUCGCAGCUGCUGGCCUCAAUCACGUCCGCCUGCCCAUAGGGUACUGGGCGUUCGAUGUAUCUGGUGGAGAGCCCUUCGUCCAGGGACAGCUUCCCUAUCUCACCAAGGCAAUUACAUGGGCGCAGAAGUACGGAUUGAAAGUCAUUAUUGAUCUUCAUGGUGUCCCAGGAAGUCAAAAUGGCUACGAUAACUCUGGGCAAAAGAAAUCCUAUCCCCUAUGGCACACCCAGCAAUCCAACGUCGACCGCUCAAACGCAAUUAUUAAGAGGAUCGCGUCCACUUAUAAAGAUAUGACCGGCGCUGUUCCCGUUAUUGCACCUCUGAACGAGCCCGCCGGAUAUUUCGGUGACGACGUUAUGAGGGUGGUCAGGCAGUACUGGUAUGACAGCUACGGCAAUAUUCGGUGGCCCUAUAGAACGUCGCGUCAGAGCAACACAGUUGUGAUGAUUCACGACGCCUUCCAACCCUCUAGCUACUGGAGUAACUUCAUGUCUUGGCCUAACUGGGAAGGGGUCAUCAUGGAUAAGCACGUCUAUCAAGUCUUUUCAGUCGCCGAAAAUCAAAUGACCAACGCGCAACAUAUCCAGACCGCUUGCGCCAAAGCAGCUGAUUUAACCUCUAACACCCUGUGGACCGUUGUGGGCGAGUGGUCGCCCGCUCCCAACGACUGCGCAAAGUACCUGAACGCCCGUGGCGUCGGUUCCCGCUACGAUGGCACCUACCCAGGCUCUACUCGCGUUGGAAGCUGCGACAACCUCACAGGGAGCGGAGCGAACUUCACCACGGAGUAUAAGACCUUCCUCCGACAGUUUUGGGAAGCUCAGGUCAUCUCGUAUGAGAAGGCGCAAGGGUGGAUUCAAUGGACAUGGAAGGCCGAGAACGCCGAUGAGUGGUCUUACCAGGCGGGCUUGAAGUACGGUUGGAUCCCUCAGAAGCCCACGGACCUGAAGUAUUCCAACAUCUGCAUUUGA